GAUGACCAGAGACUGCGGACACGGUACAGGAGAUGACCAGAGACUGCGGACACGGUACAGGGGAUGACCAGAAACUGCGGACACGGUACAGGGGAUGACCAGAGACUGCGUACACAGUACAGGAGAUGACCAGAGACUGCGGACACGGUACAGGGGAUGACCAGAGACUGUGGACACAGUACAGGGGAUGGCCAGAGACUGCAGACACGGUACAGGGGAUGACCAGAGACUGUGGACACGGUACAGGGGAUGACCAGAGACUGCGGACGUAGUACAGGGGAUGACCAGAAACUGCGGACUAGUACAGGGGAUGACCAGAGACUGCGGACAG